CAUAUCCUGAAGUGUCAGUUCAGUGUAGGCCUCAUCUCUACAACUCUUGGUUCCUUGCAGAUCCUGCUGUCUCUCAGGUGACUGGGUAUGUGCCAGGGCCCCCCCCGAGUCCAGAUGACACUCAUGCCAAUGGCUUCAGUGAUGGCGGUGACUGAACCAAAAUGGGUCUCAGUCUGGGGCCGCUUCCUGUGGGUGAUGCUGCUGAGCAUGGUGUUGGGGUCCCUGCUGGCUCUGCUGCUGCCGCUGGGGGCCGUGGAGGAGCAGUGUUUGGCCGUGCUCAGAGGCUUCUACCUGCUCAGGAGCAAGUGGGACAGGGCGCAGCAUGCCGUCACCAAGCGCACCAGCCCAUCCACGGAGCUCAGCAUCACCUCCAGGGACUCGGCGCUGCUCGUGGUCAAGACCAAGGCCUCUCCAGCUGGUAAGUUGGAAGCCAGAGCAGCUUUGAACCAAGCCCUGGAAAUGAAACGCCAGGGCAAGCGGGAGAAAGCCCACAGGCUCUUCCUGCACGCCCUCAAGAUGGACCCGGACUUCGUAGACGCGCUCAACGAGUUUGGCAUCUUCUCGGAAGAAGACAAGGACAUCAUCCAAGCGGAUUACUUAUACACCCGAGCGCUGACCAUCUCACCCUACCAUGAGAAAGCGCUGGUCAACCGGGACCGGACGCUGCCGCUGGUGGAGGAGAUCGACCAGAGGUACUUCAGCAUCAUCGACAGCAAAGUGAAGAAGGUCAUGUCCAUCCCCAAGGGCAACUCCGCGCUGCGCAGGGUCAUGGAGGAAACGUACUACCAUCACAUCUACCACACAGUCGCCAUUGAGGGCAACACCCUCACCCUGUCGGAGAUCAGGCACAUCCUCGAGACCCGCUACGCCGUGCCGGGGAAGAGCCUGGAGGAGCAGAACGAGGUGAUCGGCCUGCACGCGGCAAUGAAGUACAUCAACGCGACGCUGGUCUCCCGCAUCGGCUCCGUCACCAUCAGCGACGUGCUGGAGAUCCACAGGCGCGUGCUGGGGUAUGUGGACCCGGUGGAAGCCGGCAGGUUCCGGACGACACAGGUCCUUGUGGGGCACCACGUGCCUCCCCAUCCCCAGGAUGUCGAGAAGCAGGUGCAGGAGUUCGUCCAGUGGCUCAACUCCGAGGACGCCAUGAGCCUGCACCCGGUUGAGUUUGCAGCCCUGGCGCAUUAUAAACUCGUUUACAUCCACCCUUUCAUCGACGGCAACGGGAGGACCUCACGCCUGCUCAUGAACCUCAUCCUGAUGCAGGCGGGCUACCCGCCCAUCACUAUCCGCAAGGAGCAGAGAUCCGAAUACUACCACGUACUGGAAGUCGCCAACGAAGGCGACGUGAGGCCGUUCAUUCGCUUCAUCGCCAAGUGUACGGAGACCACCCUGGACACCCUGCUCUUUGCCACAACGGAGUACCCGGUGGCACUGCCGGAGGCCAGACCCAACCACUCUGGGUUCAAGGAGACGCUGCCCGUGAAGCCCUAACCCUCUAAAUCCUCCCUUGGUGACAAGGGAUGUCCCGGGGGGAAAAUAUCCAAGAAACAUGGCAUUUCUAGAAACCUAGUCGUCUCCCAAAGCAAAGGGAGACGGAUAAGGAACUCAAACAUUCUUUACCUCCAAACGUUUUUUAGUUAAAA